AGCGAUUUGCACCAUUAAGUUUUCGAUAUUAGAAGAUUCGUUCUGCUGAGAAGGUACUUAGCGUUAUAGAAGGAAAGAAUUCGUCGAGUUAGUAAUCGAAAUGUCGAUAAAUUCAGGCUGUGGUUAGUCUUAACAAAAUACCAUUUGAAAGGAGUUCUGAAAUUAAAUUUAAAUAGCUGGGUAGUCGAGAAAGACACGGUUGUGAGUUCAAUCCGUCUUUCCUCUUAAUAAUUUAUCGCGUAAGACAUUGUAAUGUGUCGCAUUCCGACGUGUUAAGAUAGUGGUCAGGUGUAUUAGAUUUUCAAGCUACGUCAUCUGGUGCUCAUGUCGCGCAAGGACGUAUGCUUUUCCGGAAGCGUGUGCUUUCUGUUGUUGAUUUUAGCAAAACAGUUUGCUCAGGUUUUAAUUCGCUUUAAUUUUAGGCGAAAAAGCGGACAGCCGUGUAUAACGCCCUCGGGCAAUCUAACGUCUUCACUCAGCCUGUUUAUUAUGGCGUUCAGGCACUUACGAUUGAAAGUGGUAUUUUUUACCUUCAGACGGUUUUAGCCACCGGUGGUAGAGCGAUAGCGACUGUUUAAGUAAUAGGUUACACCAUACGCCAGGGCGUGCAAUUAUAUUAAGCAAGGAAACAGCACUUAUGUUGUGGCCACGCAUUUUGUUGUCUCGUGAUCGGAUUGUCGUUUAGAGGAUGCGGAAGUUUUCGCAACUUUAUUGGGCCUUCUCAUUGCAUCUUUAAAAAUAAUAUGAAGUCAGUGAUUAGUUUUCUGUUUCAGAUCAUUGGCAUAUUGAUUUCAGUAGAUCUGCAAUUUAGUUUCACGACUGUGCUUUUUUAGAAAGUUAAUGCAACUGAAAACUUCAUGCCAAAUUUUUGGAUUAGAGCCUAACUCAUAAAAGCCUGGAUUACUCAAGAUGGGAUGCGCCUCUUCUACAUCGGGAGAUGCGAUGGCAGCCACCAGGUCCCGUCAGAUAGACAGGGGCAUCAAAGAGGACGCGAAACACGUCGAUAAAGAAGUGAAGCUUUUGCUUCUGGGAGCUGGAGAGUCAGGGAAAAGUACAAUCGCAAAACAAAUGAAAAUCUUGUACAAAGAUGGCUUCUCCGAAAAAGAACGAAACUCUUACAGGCAUGUGGUUUACGCCAACGUUGUACAGUCGAUCGUUGCCAUCGUAAAAGCGAUGCCCACUCUUCAGAUCGAAUUUGAUGAUCCAAACUGUACUGAAGACGCAAAAAAGGUGCUCACUGCUGGGCAGAUGUUGGGAGACUUUGAGCUCUCCGGGGAGAUUGGAGAUGCAGUAGCGAGGCUCUGGGAAGAUCCAGGUCUCAGAAAGAGCUAUGAGCGUUCCCGGGAGUACCAGCUUAAUGACUCGGCCGAAUAUUACCUCGAAUCGAUAGAACGAUUAAGUCAAGCCGACUAUAUGCCAACCGAGCAGGAUGUCCUACGAACCCGAGUUAAAACUACUGGUAUCACAGAGACGAACUUUAAUUAUAAGAACCUCGAGUUUCGGUUGAUUGAUGUCGGAGGACAGAGAUCAGAGAGGAAGAAAUGGAUUCACUGUUUUGAGGAUGUGACAGCCAUUAUAUUCUGCGUCGCUCUUUCCGCUUACGAUCUUCUACUUGCGGAGGACGAAGAGACAAAUCGAAUGCACGAGAGCAUGAGGUUGUUCGACUCCAUCUGCAACAACGCUUGGUUCCGAAGUACGUCGAUGAUUCUAUUCCUGAACAAAACCGACAUCUUCAGGAGUAAGAUUAAACACUCUCCACUUAACGUGUGCUUCCCGGACUAUCAGGGAGAAAACACAUUCGAUCAAGCUGCCACCUACAUCCAGCUUCAGUUCGAAAACCUGAACAAUCACCCAGAGAAGAUGGUUUACACUCACUUUACAUGCGCCACUGACACUACCAACGUACAGUUCGUAUUUGACGCGGUUUCUGACGUCAUUUUGACAAAGGUGCUUGGAGACUUGGGGCUUAUGACAGAGUAAUUACAACUCAGGGGUAACUCGCAAACAACUGCAAGCCAAUAGUCACAAUAAACACCGGACGGUACAAUGUCUGGUUGGAGCCAACGCUGGGCAAUGGUUCCUUUGGCGUGGCUGGUAUGGAGAUAUUUAUUGCACUAUUAGCCUAUACUGGUUUUGGUGCACCUGAAAAACAAAAACCGCAGCGAAAGAAUGUUCAAGUUAUAGACCCCGCGCUUACUUUGUACCGUCACCUAAUAUGCGUUUUACCAUCUAUUCUACAGAUUACAUGGCUACAGCUACCUUCCAUUUUUCACAUUUCUUUCCCCCCUUUUUUACAGUGGACCAACAACAACAAAAACAAACGAAUUAAACCAAGUUUUUACAAAAACUAACAGCUUAAUCUAAACUGCAUUUUAAUGCGAUUCUGGCAUACAAUCAUAGCUGCAAUUCUAGUAUUUAUUUUUUCUCAUAAGAUCACAUAUUGUGUGUCUGUGUGUAUUUUUCGAUUAAAACUGUAUUAUCAUUUGUUUGUCGUUAAUCCGUUUGCUUAAUCUUUUUACGUUAAAAACAAUGGCCGUGAGUAUAGGUUCGGGUAAUAAAGUUAUUGCAAAAUGUGCAAUUACCUUG